GUGGUGCUUCGCACCACGGCUCUGUUUGGAGGAAGAAGGUACGGGUGAAUCUUUAAUUGGAGCACGGCUCCCUUUCAGAGGAAAAGAGGAAAAGGUAAUUGCACCACGGCUCCCCGUUUGGAGGAAUAGUUCGGCUGGUUCUUACGCUGAACAUCGUGACGGACGGUCAUACUUUUGGUUGACAGUAGGUCGGACGGGCCUACCCUCUCACCAGUAGGUCGGACGGGCCUUGUCUCUUCCUAGUGGGUCGGGCGGGCCUUCUAUUCCUAAUAGGUCGGACGGGCCUACUCUCUUCCCAAUAGGUCGGACGGGCCUACCCUCUCCACAGUAGGUCGGACGGGCCUACUCUUUAUAUUAUCAUGGAAGACAGGUCACAGCGGAAUGCUUUACCGCCGCGACCACCAAUGGCAACAGAAGAUUUCGACAAUGGCGCAUCCGGUAGCAGAACCUUGGUGCCUCCCAAUCGGAAAUUAAAAAGCAAAGUAACAAAGAAAAUGCUUUUGGAGCAGCUUGCAGCCCUAAAAACCGAAUUGGCAAUAGCGAGAUCUGAAAAAGAAUGUGGUUCAGAAGCUUCCACCAUAGAAAACGACGCGGUUGACUUCAGAUCUAGUGAACCCUUUGGUUCUAAUAAACCCAUACCUACAGAGAAUGAAUCGAUCAUGGCCACGAUGAAUAACAUGUCUCUUGGAUCAUUGAACAUUCCUGAAUGUAAGCCAUCGGAGGGCGAAUACGACAUAGAUAAGAAGGCGUACGAGCAUUGGAAAGAAAUUUUAAUGGCUUCCUUCAACCUGGUUCGUGCGACUGACGAGCGCGCAAAAAUGGAUAUUUUCCGUAUUAAGGCUGGUUCCAAACUACUGGAGAUAAUGCAGGGAACAACUUCUAACCCAGAAAUGCCUGAUGAGAGCACAUAUCCAUUCUCCAAUGCCGUUGCUCGCUUGAAUCAAUAUUUUGGAUCGAGGACAUACUUAAUCGGGCAGCGUGGAAAGCUAAUGAACACUGGACAGCGUGAAGGUGAAUCCAACGUGGCAUUUGUGAGACGCGUUGCAGCAGCUGCAAAGCUUUGUGGCUAUAAAACUGAAGAGGAGAUGGAAGCUGUAGUACGUACGAUAGUGAAGGGUACCUCUGAUAGUCGAGUUCGCGUGCUUGCCCACAGGAACUGGGUUAAUCAGGGCGAUAUGAAUAGCCUGAUCGAAAUGGUGCGUGAUCGUGAGAUGGAAUUAUUCAAUGAGGAGGAAUACCAAAAACUGAAUCGUCAGAAAACCGCGGUCAUCGCUGCUGUAACGCAAUCCUCGGAUAUAAGACCGCAGUUUCGCCGUGGUACUGGUUCCAGAUUCAGAGGUAAUCAACGAGGUAGAGGAACAUUCCGACGAGGGCAGGCUGGCUUGGAAGGAUCAUCUCGGCGCUCCUGCUGGAGGUGCGCAAGUAUUUACCACGAUCCUUCAAGAUGCCCGAAUCUGGACAAAGUGUGCCACAAUUGCAAGCGUCGUGGACAUCUAGCACGUAUGUGCUCAACACAGCCGCAAAUCAGAGCAGGGCUAAAACGUCAACUAAACGAACCUACUGAUGAAGAUACGAGACCGAAGAUUGCAGCAAUUACUCAAAACGGUGAGGAGGACGAGGAGGAUAAAAAGGUACACGAUAAUGGUGGUGUUGAAUAAGCUAAAUUGAGCUACUUUAUCUGACUAUUUUCUAUAUUUUGAAUCUUAAUUGAAAUAAAUGAUUUGUUUUGAAUUAAAAAAAUAUAUGGUUAAUAAAGUUAAAAAAAAAA